UUUUCAUUUCGUGACCCGGAAGUAAUGUGACGUAAUUCCAUACACAAGGGACAGAUGCGUUAGCAUCAGGUAGCACUGAGUUUACAAGAUAGUGGAUAGCCGCAAUCCGACUGUGACAUCCUUCACUGAGAUGGCUGAUGUGGAGGAGACAGUGGUGAGUGGUGCUGGCGACCACCAGGAUUCGACCGCAAGUGCGAAACGCUCCGGCGGUGCUCUGCUGCUGGACAGCGGAGAGGACUUUGAGAUGCUGGAGAACAGCGAUGAUGAUGGAGGUGACGAUGACCUUCCUCCAUUAGAGGACGCCGGUGGUGGUGAGAAGGCACAAGGGUCCAAGAACACUGCUCAGCCUGAAGACAGCGUGCCUGAGGUCUCUGCUCCGAUGGACGAAUGGGUCGACAUUCUUGGUAGUGGUCUCUUGCGGAAGAAAGUCCUAGAAAGUGGCGAAGGGCUGGAUACCCGGCCAAAGAGAGGGCAGAUUGUCCAGAUCAAAUUGAAGACCUCUCUGUCAGAUGACACUGUCGUAGAGGAGGAUUCUGAGCUGUCCUUCACAAUUGGGGAUGGAGAUGUCAUCCAGGCGCUGGAUCUUGCGGUACAACUGAUGGAGAUGGGAGAGAAGGCUCUGGUGGAGGCCGAUGCUAAAUAUGCCUACGGCUCUGUGGGAAGUGCCUGCCCCCAGGUGCCGCCCAACUCUAGUCUCUCCAUGGAGGUGCAGCUGCUGUCUGCCCUCGACGCCCCGGACCUGGAGCUGAUGACGCCCGAGGACCGGAUCGCCCUGGCGGGGGAGAAGCGCGAGCGGGGCAACACGCACUACCAGCGCGGCGACUUCGCCUUCGCCGUCAACUCCUACGGUCUCGCCUUACAGAUCACAGAAGCCAGCUCCAAAGUGGACAUCACGUCAGAAGAGGAGGCGGACCUGCUGGACGUGAAGGUGAAGUGUCUGAACAACAUGGCCGCCGCGCAGCUCAAACUGGAGCACUACGAAGCCGCCAUGCGCUCCUGCGUGUCCGUACUCGUCCACCAGCCCGAGAACGUCAAGGCCCUCUUCCGCUACGGCAAAGUCCUUGCCUUAAAGGGAGAGUUUGCUGAAGCUAUCCGGACACUGAAAAGAGCCCUGAAACUGGAGCCUAGUAAUAAGACCAUCCAUGCUGAGCUGUCCAAACUAGCGAAGAAGCACUCGGAACAGAAGGGAGCAGAGCAGGCAAUGUACAAGAAGAUGCUGGGAAACCCCGCUGAUGUCACCUCGAUCACACCUCAGCAGCCCAAAGCCUCAUGGAGCUUCAGCUGGAAAUGGUUAUUUGGAGCCACUGCUGUUGCCAUUGGAGGUGUAGCCUUGUCUGUGGUCAUUGCUGCUAGAAAUUAGGCCGAGCCUGGCUUGGCGAUGGACCCCUGGAGCUUUCGCUAGCUGUGACCCUCACCAUCACAGCACUGCUCCCAUGGAAAGCAGAUGCGGAAACUAAAAGGUCCUAGUCCUCCAUGAACAGGAAGACGUCUAAGAAGUAGUUUUUAAGAUUUGCUUUUGCUGGUGUUGUUCGCUGAAAGAGAUGACCAAAAAAGAAACGGUGUAAAGUAAUUCCAUAUUUAUGUCUGAGCAGUAAAUGAGAUGUCCAAUGUGUAUGUACAGUGUGUGACUUGUAAAUGCAGACCACCAGUCCAUCAUUCCUGCUGAUGACUUGCAUAAUCUCCUUCAUGUAAACACUAGCUAACACUAGCCUCAGUGUGCUCAGAUUUGUGAAUUCUACGACGUGUCUGAAAGUUGGUUACAUGAGCAUUUGCUAGCCAAUGGAAAAUUUAAACCAGAGGAUUGUAUGCUUUUUUUUUUUUAUGUUUUACUGUUCGAUAUGUUUCCAAUGUAGAAUGCAGUGUAUUCUUUAAUUGGGACGCUAUUGCACGAGUUGUUAUAAACAGCUAGCUUGCUUAGGACCCCCUUUAAGCCACUGCAUUUCCAUUUUUUUUUUUUUACGGGAAUUGCCAUGCGUUUCUCUUAUCUUGUGUUAGGGUUGUGUGAUCAAUCCUAGCCAACUGUGUUGCUUUGCCAGAUGUGUCUACCAUCCAUUUGAAAUUGGCUCUCAUUUCACAGCCUCUUAAAAAAAUACCUCACUUUUAAAUGUUUCCUUAGCCAAACAUUUUUUCUUUUCAUCCCAUUGUAGACCAUUUUGAGUUCAUGAUUCCUCUCACUUUUUAUGUUGUUUUGUCCAUAUUUAAUGUGAAUGAAUUUAUAGAUUAUUGUUGAUAAUAUCUCAAGGAUUAUUUAUUUUAGUAACUGCUGUUUGUCUCCUUAGAGCCACGAUGAUUAUUUACAGUAAGUGGGACAUGCAUGCAAGAUCAAUAUUGUUCCUUAUUCCAUAUAUAAAGUGUGAGAGUUCAAAUCUUAUGUUUGUUGAUUUUAUAAUUCUUCAAAUAAACUUUUGCACACUGA